UUCGCCAUGAGACUGGUACUUCCGAACCCAGGUCUGGAUCUCCGGAUCCCUAACUAUGAGGAUCUAGACAGGAAGGAGAAGGAGGAGGCUGGUGACAGGCCCAAUUGGGACAACAAAGCCCAGUACAUCCUAACCUGUGUUGGCUUCUGCAUUGGGCUUGGCAACGUGUGGCGAUUCCCUUACUUGUGUCAAAGUCAUGGAGGAGGUGCCUUUUUGAUUCCCUACCUGAUCCUGCUGGUGUUGGAGGGAAUGCCUCUUCUGCUGAUGGAGUUUGCCAUCGGCCAGCGUCUCAGGAAAGGCAGCGUGGGAGUGUGGAGGGCCAUCAGCCCUUAUCUGACUGGUAUUGGUAUAGCCUCCAUGCUGGUAUCCUUUUUGGUUGGACUGUACUACAACACCUUAAUAGCCUGGAUAUUGUGGUAUCUCUUCAAUUCCUUUCAAGACCCACUGCCCUGGGCCCAGUGUCCUCUCAAUGACAAUAGGACAGGAUUUGUAUCUGAGUGUCAACAGAGCUCCACCAUAGAUUAUUUCUUUUACCGAGUGACUCUGAAUAGUUCGGCCUCUAUAGCUGAGUCUGGAGGAAUCCACUGGCCCAUAGUCGUCUGCCUGUUAGCUGCCUGGACGAUAAUCGCUAUCUGCUGUAUAAGGGGCAUCGGCACUUCAGGCAAGGCAGUUUACAUCACAGCCACCCUGCCGUACAUAGUGCUGGUCAUCUUCCUGAUCCGUGGACUGACUCUUAAAGGAGCCCUGAGUGGAAUAAAGUUCCUCUUCACACCAGACGUGGAGGAGUUGAUUAAACCAACAACUUGGCUGGAUGCAGGUGCCCAGGUCUUUUAUUCCUUUGGUUUGGCAUGGGGAGGCCUCAUCUCCUUCUCAAGCUACAACCCUGUUCACAACAACUGUAUGCAAGAUGCUGUGAUCCUGACUGCAAUUACUGGUUUCACCUCAAUCUAUGCUGCCACAGUCACCUACACCAUCAUUGGCUUCAGGGCCACUGAGAAAUAUGACAACUGUAUCAAUGGAAACAUCAUGACAUUAUUAAACGCAUUUGAACUUCCUGAAGAUAACAUCACUACAAGCAACUAUGAGGAAGUGUUCAAUCAUUUCAACAGCUCCUAUCCUGACACUGUUCUUGGAUUGGACAUCAAAACCUGUGACAUGCACAAACUCCUCAGCGAGGGAGUGGAGGGAACAGGUUUGGCCUUUAUUGUGUUUACAGAAGCCAUCACCAAGAUGCCUGGCUCUCCAGCGUGGUCUGUCCUAUUUUUCAUCAUGCUUCUCUGCUUGGGGGUCUCGACCCUGUUUGGCAACAUUGAAGGAGUGGUGGUACCCUUGAAAGACCUGAACGUAUUCCCUAAAAAAUGGCCCCACGAAGUACUGACUGGAACAACAUGUGUUGUCGCCUUCCUCAUCUCCCUCCUGUUUGCGCAGCACUCAGGGCUUUAUUGGGUAACUCUCUUUGACAACUUUGCUGGAUCUGUUCCACUUCUGACCAUUGGAUUGUUUGAGAUGAUAGCUGUCGUGUACAUCUAUGGCAUAGACAGGUUCAAUGAGGAUUUGAAGUUCAUGGUCGGACAUAAGCCUUCCAUCUUCUGGCAGGUUUCAUGGAGGUUCAUCAGUCCUCUAAUCGUCCUGGUUAUUUUGGUUUUCUACCUGGUGACCCAAACCCAAGAAGAGCUCACAUAUUUAGUCUGGGACCCCAACUCUGAGGAGUUUCCAUCUCUGGCAUCAGUACCGUACCCUUCAUGGGUAGGUGCAGUCAUAUUUCUUUUGGCAGGAGUCCCCAGCCUGGCAGGGCCUGCGUUUGCAUUAUGUCGACUGCUCUUUGUUUGCUGCAAGAAAAAAAUUGUAUCCUGA